UGUAGUUCGCAUACGAACUGCUUCGCGCACGUAUUACAACGCGGCGGCAUUACCACCCAGCUCUUCAAAAUGGAUUUGGCCCAGGUACUCGGUGAUUACAUGCAUUUAACUGGUCUGCUCUUUAUGCUGAUCAAUCUUGUGCUUACGAAGGAGUGCGCCGGUAUAAGCGGCAAGGCACAGUUACUUUACGCCUUGUCGUUCACGGUACACUACAUCGUUCUGCUGUUUUAUAGAUAUACUUCAGUUUACGAUGCCAUACUCCAAACGUCGCGCACAAGCUUCACAUAUCUUAUCCUCAUGUCAAUAUUUAUUUUAUACAAGAACACUUACAACGACAAUUAUGACGCUUUCAGAAUCGAGCUGUUAAUUAUACCUUGUGCCAUGCUUGCUCUUUUUCUGAACGAGGGCUUCACGACCUUCCAAGUGUUCACGGCGUUCGGUGUGUACCUGGAGUCCGUGGCGAUCGUGCCCCAGACUUAUUUCAUUUCGAAAGCCAAGCAAGUCGAACCGAUCGUUUUGCAAUACGUUGGUUUUUUGACAAUCUAUCGAGUCUUUUACCUCAUUCACUGGAUCUACAUGUACUCCAAGCUGCAUGAAUUCGAAGACAUCGCCAUAGCCACUACCCUCGUACAACUUGUCUUCUACUGUGACUUCUUUGUUAGGAAUUUCAUGAUACCCAACCCCUCAAGUCGUAGACCUUCCAGUGACAAUGGAGCAAUGCAAAAAAUGGAGAGCGAUGAAGGCACAGCAAUAUCCGAUGCUUUGUUGAUCGCGGAUGGCAAGAAUAAUCAUCUGUCGGUUGACAUUACGACCACGUCGCCACAGCCUCCGCUACCUAAGGAAGAUAGGGUCACCUUACUAACGUCUAAUGAUCAUGGAACAAGUAAUUAAUCAGCUUUGGCGUGAAAUAUCAUCUUAAGCACUUACGUGAAAUGGCCAUUGAACCGAUCGAAAGUGAGCACUUAUUGCUCUACUAGAUGCAAUUACUGAUUCAGUCCAAAGCUACUAUUACUUAAAGUUAUCAUAGUUCUUUGAUAUUCAUUUUCUUUCUUAAUGCGAUCGUCGAACUUUUUUUGCAACAUUUUUAUUUUUAAUUGUAUUUCUGUGAUUAAUUUUUCGUUAUUAAGAUCCUUGUAUAGUUUCUAACUAACACGUUAGACGAUAGUUUAUAUAUGUAAUACUGGAAAAAAGCCAAGACUAUUAAUGUCGUACUUUUCUAGUUGAUUCUUUACAGAUAAAGUACAUUAAGAUAUUUUAAGAGAAAAUUACAUUUUAUACGAAACAUGAAUUAUUUAUAAAUGGUAUACAACUAGCAGCCAAAAAUGACUUUUAAUAGGUAAUG